UAUUCUCCCUCUUAUCUGAGCUCGAUUAAGACUUCCUGUGUUGUAAAGUGGGGGAGCUCGACUGAGCAAACACGCAGUCGGCUUUGCGCAUAAUUACAGUGGCUUUUACGGUAGCUACUAGAGACUGAGUAGUUGAAACGAGAGCUGCGAGUAGACUAACCCAGAGAUUGAGCGAGGAAGAGAGAGAAAGGGGAUCAAGACCAAUAGCCUAGUGAGUGUUCUGAGAGUGAAUGUACGAGAGGGGGGGCGAGUAUACAGCGCAAAAUAGUGACCAAAAGAGUAGGUGAACUAGCGAGAGAGAAAGGAGGAGGAAGGAAAGGCUAACGAUAACUAGCUUGCUAGCUAUUUCGCUGUCUACGACAACUGAAAGGAAAGAGUGUCUCUCCAACAACCGGAUUAAACAUCGGAAAUAUAUCCGUUCGGAAUGGCCACGGAGGAGCUCUACGAGGUGGAAAAAAUUGUGGAUAAGAGGAAAAAUAAGAAGGGGAAGGUCGAGUACUUGGUGCGCUGGAGGGGCUACGGGUUUGAGGACGAUACCUGGGAGCCAGAGACACACCUGGCCAACUGUGUGGAGUUCAUCCACGAGUACAACCGUAUAAACAGUGACCGCCAACGAGACGGCACCUUCCUUCGGGCCCAGCGCAGCGCCCCCAGCUACGGCCACAGCGCCGCUAACAAUGCCCGCAAGCAGAUCUGCAGACCGCAGUCACACGCCCUGCCGAAGGUGCUCAGCCCCGCUGCCAUUGCCACUGGCGCGCCCACCGUAGCAAAGCGGCCACAGCCCUCUCUCAGUGCCAGGGACACGGACACUAAAGCUGACCCUCAGCUGCUCCUCUCUAGCCAAAAGUACCGGCGCGCCAACAACAGCAGCGUCAUCGUCACGGGGCUGGCGGCCACCGCCCAUCCCAUCGGCAGUGGGAGGAGGAGCAUGGACCUGGCCAAGUCCGGGAUUAAAAUCCUAGUGCCCAAGAACCCCAUGAAAAGCCGAACAGAGGUGGAGGAGUCUCCCAGCGAGGCAGCCCACAGCCUGGAGACAGCCGAGCAGGGGCCGGACUCUGAACCCCCCGAGGUGGCCCUGCUGGAAAAGCCCCCGGGGGCCCUGUUGGGGCCUGGGGAUGAGAGGGCGCGCAUGGGGACCCGCCCAAGGACGCAGACCAUCCUUCCACCUAUACAGGUUCCCAUCACCCCAGCUGCUGUGCUCACCCUCAAUGGCAAAGGCACGCCCACAUUCAUAGAAGCCCUGGCGGCCAACGGGACGGCUAACCUGCAAAGCGCAGUGAGCGGCGUUUCCGGGGUGACCGGGAAGCGACGCUUCGAGGAGCGCUCGACCUUCGACAAGCGGCUGCGCUUCAGCGUGCGGCAGACGGAGAGCGCCUACCGCUACCGCGACAUCGUGGUGAAGAAGCAGGACGGCUUCACGCACAUCCUGCUCUCCACCAAGACCUCCGAGAACAACUCCCUCAACCCCGACGUGAUGAAGGAGGUGCAAAGUGCUCUGACCACGGCGGCGUCGGAUGACAGUAAACUGGUUUUGCUGAGUGCGGUGGGCAGCGUCUUCUGCUUCGGCCUGGACUUCAUCUACUUCAUCCGCCGGCUCACCGAUGACAGGAAGAAAGAAAGCGUCAAGAUGGCGGACUCCAUUAGGACGUUUGUGAACACUUUCAUCCAGUUCAAGAAGCCCAUCAUCGUGGCGGUGAACGGGCCAGCGGUGGGCCUGGGGGCCUCCAUCCUGCCGCUGUGCGAUGUGGUCUGGGCCAACGAGAAGGCCUGGUUCCAGACGCCCUACACCACCUUCGGCCAGACGCCCGACGCCUGCUCCUCCCUCACCUUUCCACGCGUCAUGGGCGUGGCCUCUGCCAACGAGAUGCUGCUGAGCGGCCGCAAGCUGACGGCCCAGGAGGCCUGCGCCAAGGGCCUGGUGUCCCAGGUGUUCUGGCCCGGGACGUUCAAUCAGGAGGUGAUGGUGCGCAUUAGGGAGCUAGUCUCUUGUAAUUCAGUUGUUCUGCGGGAGUCUAAGGCCUUGGUCUGCAGCACCAGCAGGGCAGCCCUGGAGCAGGCCAACGAGCGGGAGUGCGAGGUCCUGAAGAGAGUCUGGGGAUCGCCCCAAGGCAUGGACUCCAUCCUCAAGUACCUUCAGAAGAAGAUCGAUGAGUUCUAAUCGUGCAAGGCUGUUCCUUGGCCAGAAGGCAUGGUGACACUCGCACGGAAGCUCAGAGGAAGCUCGGCUGCCCUGGAGGACCGGACCUCACGCAAAACGUGUGAAUUCCUAUAUGAACACAUGCGUCUGUGUGUGCAUGUGGCCAAAGGUUGUGUGAUUGUGGAUCGGGUUUUCGAUUCUGCUGGCCAACUGAUGUUGAGGAACAGAUGUAUUAAGUCCAAGGUAUGGCAACAGGGGUGUACUGUGGAACACAUUUGACUGUCCAACACUGUCCCCCUGUGUUUCUGUCCCACAGCUCCACCUGUUUGUCUCAUGAGCUUUAUUUAAAUGUAAUGAUCUGCUGUGCACCCACAAAACUGGAGGAGGGGGAGGGGUGCGUACCACUGUUUGGAGGGGACAGGCUUUAUGCGGACUAAAGAAGAAAGAAGUGUCUUAGCCAAAUAAGGUUGGACCUCUGUACAUAUGUUAAAUUAAGAUAAACAAGCCUUACUGAUAAUGCUCAUACUGUAUAAACCUGCAGACAAGUAAUAUGUAAAAUUUGUUGGUAAAAUUUACUGGCUGUGGUAGCUGUGAAGGAGGCCCAGCUGCCAGGCUGUCACUAUGGCAGCAGAAGACUAUAAAUUGAGCUCAAACUCUACACUGGCGCGUCCAUUGGAGUCGACUCUGUGAACUUUUCUAGACUUUUUUGUACAUUUUGCUUUCUUCUACACACAUGAAGAUUCUCCUUACAGAAGAACUCCACUCAUCACCUGUGGCAGUAUUAGAGCUCAUCAAGACAAAUUCACCUGGUCAGUUAAACCUGGGAUCAGCUUCUUUUUUUCCCCAACUUUAAUUAUUUGUGGUCUAAUUUUUAUUUGUUAUGGGUCAGCAUUACUGGUCAACAUGCUUAUUUACAAGAGUGAAAACUGCCGAGGUGUGUGUGUGUGUGUCUGUCCGUCUGUCUGUAAGAGAGAUCUAGUACUUUUAGGCUGACUAGCUUAUGCCAAAUAUUUCAUAUUGUUAAGGGAAAUGUGGUUUAGGUUCACUUUAAAAUAUUCUAAUUUAAUAAUUUAAAAGUCUAAAAAAGCCUUCCUUCAAAGAAAAGUGAGAAAAAGGAGAGUAUUCCUUUGCUUUUUGAUGUAAAGAUUGUUUUGUUUGUACUGUUUUUUUGUGAGGGUUGCAAAUGAUUGGGAAAAGUUCAAAGUAAGGUAUUCUGCCUGGGUAUCCCAGUGUGCAAUGUGUAUAUCGGUUUUUGUUUAAACCUGGCUCUUACCAUGUUUCAUCAAAUCCUCAGAAUUUUUCUAAGAAUUUAUCGAGUCCCCCCAUGAGCAAGGUGCACUUUUCCCCAUUUUCAUGGUGGGAAAAGUGCACCUUGCUCACACCUGUUUAAGAGACCUGUGUCUAAGCAACUGUAACCAACGGCUCAGAACCAGCUGACAUGAUGGGCCGUCCUUGCCAAGGAGUAGAACACACUGCCCUACUACACUAAGGUCAAACUGAACAUUUUUUGUUUUUCUUUUAUUGACGACACUAUAUUGUCUAACAUCCUGCAUGAGGAGAGUAGUAAGGCAGACAUGCUUCAUUUAAUGCCAUUUAAACAUAUUUGUUCUCUAAAUAGGUACUUUUUAAAUGUCAAUUUGUCCAAACAUAGUUUAUUUGUAUUGUUGUAUUUAUAACUGAUUUGCUGGAAACUUGUCAGAUUUCGAGGAGGGGAUUGGCCUGAAACCUGGAGUGGUUGAGAUCUGAAGUGAGAAAUGGAACCAGUGGACUAUAGCAGUUAGCACUGUGGUCUUCCUCAUCGGGUGAAUUGCAAUAUGAGAUGUGGGACUAAACUGUCUAUUAAAAAUUAACAGCAGAAAAAGUUAAUGUAUAACCCCUUAUGUUUUUGCACCAGGUCUGAAGUAUUGGGUUCCCUCCUCGUCACACGAAUAAUGACAAACAAAAUGAACUCAGGCAGAGGAGUCCCUGAUAAAUACUCUUAAAACAAGCAAACCCCAAUGUUCUUUGUGGUUCUUUCUGGUGUCACACAUUUUGGUGGUCAACUUAAAUGUAACAUUGAGAAAUGUGAAUUCCAAAGGUGCGAUGAGUCAAGACUCUUAGUCGUAGCCAUGAAGAUGUAUUGUCUCCUCGCUUCAGUCCAUUCAAGCUCACAGUUCCCAUUUAUUUCAGGGAAUCAUAUUGGACAUUUAUGUACUUAAACAUACUACACUGGUGCUCUUCUGGCCUUAAAUGUGACCUAAUGAGGUAUGAAAGAAGUUAGAUAUAAUUGACCACGUUCAAGUGACUCAGAGGCUGCAGUAGAUCGAGGUUAAUAAAGAAAUUAAAUUGACUGUGUCCACUACAGGGAACAGCUGUGUCUAACACACCAGUUCAUGACCACAGCAUCCGAAGCAAGUCUUCACAUGAAACCUAGGAAAGCUUUUAUUACACCAAUCGUUGACCGAUUUACAACAGGUGACGUCAACCGCAGGUGUAGCCACAGAUUGUUAGUUGCAUGGCAGAUGCCUCACAAUUUGGCAGAGGCAGGUGGUCACAUAAUUCAUCAGCACAAGGUUGACACCUUUUCUCCAUACUGUGCACUCAAACUGGAAAAUUAUUUAUGUAAAGAUAACAGCAUUUGUAACAGACUUUGCAGAGGUGUAUUUUUAAUGUUCUUGGAAGAACAAGUUUAACUCUGCCAAAAUGUCCUAUUGAGCCAUUGUUACUAAUGGUAUGCCAAGGGGAUUACAUAAGUUUUGCUCUUGGGAUUGUACCUUAUUUUUGUACAGAAAAAUGUACUGACGCUGACCCCCUCAUAGACAGCCACCAACAGCUGAAUCAUCCCCAUAAGAUGGAUAAGUGUAUAUAUAUACCUGCUUUUAGUCUGAACUCUAGGUACAGUAUUUUUACAUUUGUGGGACCUAUUUCAUGUUGUAGUCUAUGAGCUAUAUAUAAAUAUAUUGUAAAAUCUGUAAAGUUUUUAUAGAUUAAUGAAAUAUAUUCUGCUGUGAAAAAUGGUAAAAAAAUAAAAUGGUUUUGUACAUCAGUAUCAA